AUGCCGUUCGGCCUAAAAAAUGCAGGGGUAACAUACCAAAGGCUGAUGAACAAAAUAUUCCGCGACCUCAUAGGCAAGACGGUGGAAGUCUAUGUAGACGACAUCCUCGCGAAAACUACGCGACCAGACGACCUCCUGAAUGACCUGGCAAAUGUAUUCGCGUCUCUCCGACAAUACGGCAUGAGGCUCAAUCCCCUCAAAUGCGCCUUUGCCAUGGAAGCUGGAAAGUUCCUAGGGUUCAUGAUAACUCAAAGGGGGGUAGAAGCUAACCCUGAGAAAUGCCAAGCGAUACUCCAAAUGAAGAGACCGGGUUGUAUCAAGGACGUCCAGAGAUUGGCAGGGCGACUUACCUCGUUAUCCCGUUUUCUCGGAGCUUCGGCAACAAAAGCUCUGCCCUUCUUUAACCUCAUGAGGAAAGGGAUAGCGAGAAGCCCUGACCGCGGUUUUGGUACGAGAAGAAGGAAGGGCCCAACAGCCAGUCUAUUUCGUGAGCAGAGCCUUACAAGGGGCAGAACUGAGGUACAGCAAACUGAAAAAGCUAGCUUUGGCACUCUUGACCUCUUCCCGGAGGUUAAAACAAUAUUUCCAAGGUCACCGGAUUGUCGUAAGGACGGACCAAGGAAUCCGGCAAGUACUCCAUGGUCCAUUGAACUUUCCCAAUAUGACAUACGAUACAAACCCCGUCAGGCGAUCAAGGCGCAAGCGAUGGCUGACUUCCUGGUAGAAGUGACGGGGGAUCCAACCGAAGAGACGCGCACAAGGUGGAAGCUCCACGUGGACGGAGCCUCAAAUCAGACGUCUGGGGGCGCCGGGAUCAUCCUAGAAAGCCCAGCUGGGGUCGUAUACGAACAAUCGAUUAAGUUCGAAUUUCCCAUCUCGAACAACCAAGCAGAGUACGAAGCCCUCAUAGGGGGCUUAGCCCUAGCAACGGAAGUUGGAGCGACAAGGUUGGAAAUAUGCAGCGAUUCACAAGUCGUCACCUCCCAAGUAAACAGAAGUUACCAAGCCAGAGACUCACUAUUACAAAAGUACUUGGAGAAAGUCAAGGAUUUGAGCCAGAAGUUUGAGGAGGUCAUGAUCCACCACGUUCCAAGAAAAAGGAACACACGGGCGGAUCUCCUAUCAAAAUUGGCUAGCACCAAACCGGGAGAAGGUAACCGGUCUCUCAUCCAAGGUAUGAUGAGGGAGCCAACGAUCACUUUGCACCUAUCAAAGAUAAGCCCCUCAUGGUUGGACCCCAUUACCAGCUUCUUAGAAAACAGUAAACUCCCCGACGACGAAAAAGACGCCAAAAAACUGAGAAGGGAAGCGGCCAAGUACGCGAUCAUCCAGGGUCAGCUGUUCAGGAAAGGACUCAGCCAUCCCCUAUUGAAAUGUCUACACCCCGACCAAAUGGACUACGUCCUCAGGGAAGUCCAUGAAGGGUGUUACGGACAUCACAUAGGGGGCAAGGCCCUAGCAAGAAAAUUGAUCCGAGCUGGAUACUAUUGGCCAUCAAUGAUGGUAGACUCCAAAGGAUUUGUUAGAAAGUGCGUCAAGUGUCAAGAGAACGCCAAUUUUCACAGGGCACCGGCCUCCGAGCUAAGCUUGUUAACGUCUUCCCGGCCAUUCUCACAGUGGGGAGUCGACCUCUUGGGGCCCUUCCCGGUUGGUCCUGGACAAGUCAAGUACCUCAUAGUCACCAUUGACUACCAUACCAAAUGGAUAAAGGCCGAGCCGCUGGCCAGCAUAUCCUCAUCCAAUUGCAGGAAGUUCAUGUGGAGGCAAGUGAUAACACGGUUCGGCAUCCCGGAGAUCGUCAUCUCGGAUAACAGGACACAAUUUACCGACAGGAAGUUCACAGAGUUCCUCAUCGGCCUCGGUAUAAGGCAGAAGUUUUCCUCGGUGAAACACCCCCAAACAAACGGACAGGUUGAGUCUGCAAACAAGAUCAUCCUGCUAGGGCUCAAGAAGCGGCUCGACAAUAAAAAAGGUGCUUGGGCCGACGAGCUCGCCUCGGUCCUCUGGUCCUACUGUACAACCGAGCAAUCGUCCACCGGGGAGACCCCCUUCCGAUUAACAUACGGGCUAGAUGCGGUAAUACCCGUGGAAAUCGGGGAACCAAGUCCACGACUACUUUUGAAGGGUGUAGGGGAAGCCGUGGAGAAGGACCUGAUAGAUGAAGCCAGAGAAAUGGCCCACUUGACGGAAACAGCACUGAAGCAAAGAAUGGCCCUACGCUACAACACCAAAGUGCUCAAAAGAGAGUUCGAGCCAAACGACCUCAUCCUGAGGCGCAAUGAUAUCGGCUUACCGACCCCGGGAGAGGGAAAGCUGGCAGCAAAUUAG